AUGGCUGCCUAUCUCACCAACCGAAUUAUUCACCCUCACCACGGCAUUCCCGUCUCGAGGCCUGAAACUCCUGCGCCUACAAAGACGGAAAAGUGUAGCCAUCCAAUCCCCAACGUGGCAGCCAAAGGCGUUCCCUUUUUCACCCCAGAACAAGAUCCCCCCGCUGGUCUGGCCGUCAAGCCCCAAGAUGGAAGACCUUUGCCCAAAUUAUUCCAUCCUCUCAAGAUCCGAGGCGUCACGAUGCAGAACAGGAUCUGGGUGAGUCCCAUGUGUCAGUACUCUUGUCAUGAGGGCUUUAUGACGCCCUGGCACAUCACCCAUUACGGAGGCAUGGCUCAGCGUGGUCCUGGUCUUAUGAUGGUUGAAGCCACUGCUGUGCAAGCGAAUGGUCGCAUCACACCUGAGGACGCUGGUAUCUGGCUUGACGCCCAUGUCGAUACUCUCCGCAAAAACGUCGACUUUGCGCACAGCCAAAACGCCAACAUUGCUAUUCAACUCGCCCACGCAGGUCGUAAAGCAAGCUGUGUAGCCCCAUGGCUCAGCGCCGGCGCCACAGCUACAGAGGAAGUCAACGGCUGGCCCGAUGAUGUAGUAGGACCCAGCAAUGAGCCUUUCAACGAGCAUCAUCCUACACCUCGUAGCAUGACCAUCCAAGAGAUCAACCAGCUCAAGAAGGAUUUCGUCAAAGCUGCUAACCGCGCCGUUACUGCUGGCUUCGACGUGAUUGAGCUGCACUUUGCGCACGGGUAUCUCGUCAGUUCGUUUUUGACGCCUAGCGUUAAUAAGAGAACUGAUCAGUACGGUGGAAGUUUCGAGAAUAGAACUCGUCUUGCGCUUGAACUUGUGGAAGAAGUACGCGCUGUUAUUCCAGAGACCAUGCCGCUCUUUGUGCGUAUCAGCGCUACGGACUGGCUCGAUACUAACUCCGAGUACAACGGUGAGAGCUGGACUGUUGACCAAUCUGCAAAACUAGCCCAGCUUUUCGCUGAGCGCGGCGUCGAUGUGAUUGACGUGUCAAGCGGCGGUAACCACCCCAUGCAGAAAGUACAAGGUGGACCAGGAUACCAGGCCAAGUUUGCAAAGUAUAUCAAGAAAGAAGUAGGCGACAAGAUUCUCGUCAGUACGGUUGGCAGUAUCAAGACAGGUACUCAAGCCGAGGAGAUUAUCUCUGGAGGUAAAGAUGAGAAGGAUGUCCCGGUCGAUCUCGUCGCUGCUGGACGAAUGUUUCAGAAGAACCCUGGACUCGUGUGGGCUUGGGCGGAUGAUUUGGGUAUAGAGAUUCAGGUUGCGCAUCAGAUUGGGUGGGGAUUUGGAGGGAGGGCGACCAAGGGUUCUACCAAGAUGGCUAUUCCUUAG